AAGCAACACAGAGACACAGUUACUAACACGGUAAGGCCUGAAAGAUACACACACCCCAAAGCAGCAGGUUGCAGUCAUGAAGGUGUUUGUGUUGCUAAUCGCUGCAGUGCUCUCUGGCUGCAAUGCCAACCUCUUCUAUGCUGAUGCUCCAAAGCCAAAGUUAGAAGUGCUGACUGAUGCUUUCUGGGACUACAUUGCCAAGGCCACACAAACAGCUGAUGAUACUCUGGAGAUGAUUAGGAGCUCACCAAUUGGACAGGAAGUUAAUGCUCGCUUGACAGAGAGUGCUGACUUAGCCAGCAAGUAUGCCGUGACCCUGCAGGAGCAGCUUUCCCCCGCAGCCGAGGACCUUAUGAACAAGAUCACCACAGAGGCUGACAUGCUGAAAAGUGUGCUGACCCAAGAGCUCAGCUCCGUCAGAGGCAAACUGGAGCCCUACACAGAGAACAUGAAGGCCCAGAUCCAGCAGAGGGUUGAGCAGCUCAAGCAAGAGCUGGCCCCCUAUGCAGACUCACUGGACUCCGAAGCACUGAGAUCCACCUUGAUUCAAAAGAGCGAAGAGCUGAAGACCAACCUGGAGCAGAGCGUGAAGGACCUGCAGGCUCAACUGGGACCCUACACAGAUGACCUGAAGCAAAAGGUUGACCGGCACCUGGAAGCGUUCCAGAAAAGCAUAGCCCCUGUGACCGAGAAGGUCCAGGUAGAACUGACCCAGAGAGCCAGUCUGGUGAAGCAAAUUGUGGCUCCCUAUGCUGAGGACCUGAGAGAGAAACUGGACCCCUAUGCUCAGAACCUCCAGUCCCAACUCAUGUCUCUUUACCAGUCAUUCGUCGAAGCCAACUAAGUCAUCUUCAGCCUCUGAAGAUAUACUUUAACACAAUCCUGAAAAAGUGUUCCACCACCAACCACAUGGAGGAUGAACAAUGAGAUUCCAAUGUUGUACUGUAAAUGAAACCAAACUGUCUGAAUAUCCAUGUUAUAUUUAUUGCUGAAUACUAUAAAAAAAAACAA